CGAAAAUCGAAAUCACUGAAUACGAAGUUUGCUUUCUGCUAAGGAAUCCCAUGAUGUGAAAGCUCCACCGAGCAGUCUUCAAUAAUUUCUUCAAUCCGUCAAACCACCAAAGAAUCCUCUUGCGUCGCACCCCAUCAACCGGCACCGAGGAUCUGUUCCUCUGCAGAUAACAUCCGCCCCGCCCCCCCGCCGUCGCUGGAUUCCGGCGUCAAUGUCUAGAGCUCGCGUUUACGCCGACGUGAACGUCCACCGGCCGCGGGAUUACUGGGAUUACGAGUCUCUCACCGUCCAAUGGGGCGAUCAAGAUGACUACGAGGUCGUCCGGAAAGUUGGAAGAGGAAAAUACAGUGAAGUCUUCGAAGGUAUUAAUGUCACCAACAAUGAGAAGUGCAUAAUCAAGAUCCUUAAGCCCGUCAAGAAAAAGAAGAUAAAGAGAGAGAUCAAAAUACUACAAAAUCUCUGCGGUGGCCCAAAUGUAGUGAAGCUGCUUGAUAUCGUUAGAGAUCAGCACUCAAAAACUCCCAGCUUGAUUUUUGAAUAUGUGAACAGUACAGAUUUCAAAGUUCUGUACCCUACCUUGUCAGACUAUGACAUACGCUACUAUAUUUAUGAACUUCUCAAGGCUUUAGAUUAUUGCCAUUCCCAAGGUAUAAUGCAUAGAGAUGUGAAGCCCCAUAAUGUGAUGAUUGACCACGAGCUCCGAAAGCUGCGGUUGAUCGACUGGGGUCUUGCUGAAUUCUAUCAUCCUGGUAAAGAGUACAAUGUCCGUGUGGCUUCAAGAUAUUUUAAGGGGCCUGAGCUACUUGUUGACCUUCAGGAUUAUGAUUACUCAUUGGAUUUGUGGAGUCUGGGCUGUAUGUUUGCAGGAAUGAUAUUUCGCAAGGAGCCAUUCUUUUAUGGCCAUGACAAUCAUGACCAGCUUGUCAAAAUUGCCAAGGUUCUUGGGACAGAUGAGUUGAAUGCAUAUUUGAACAAGUAUCACCUGGAGCUGGACCCACAGCUUGAAGCUCUUGUUGGAAGACACAGCAGGAAACCGUGGUCGAGAUUCAUCAAUGCAGAUAAUCAGCAUCUAGUGUCCCCAGAGGCAAUCGAUUUUCUUGAUAAGCUUCUUCGCUAUGAUCAUCAUGACAGACUUACUGCAAGGGAAGCAAUGGCACAUCCGUACUUCCACCAAGUGAGAGCUGCAGAGAAUAGUCGGAUGCGGACACAGUAACACAUUCAAUGGCUUUUACAGCAACCAUCCGGUUUCUGCAAGAGAAUCACAUUCAGGUGGGGCUCAUGUUGUCAUAUGUAUCACAAAUAGUAACUGUGUUUAUUUUUUUCUUCGACUUUUCUUGGUCGGUUUCUUUUUCUGUAUGGGAUGCUUACAGGUACUCGCUUUCUCAGGUUCCCGUUGUUAUGCUAGUCAGAUGAGUUCUUCCUUUCAAAA